GCGCUCGUGCACCAUCGUUUGUCGUGGCAGAAUGGGCGUGGGUACAUGGUAGCAUAUAAGUUGGUUCUAUAGUACAACAGACAAUCCCCGGCAUCUCUUGGCAUCUUGUUGGCUGUAGUUGACUUCCUGCUUGCAGACAAGCGCCGGCGAUGUUUCGGCAAGCGGUGAAAUUGGCCUGCCACACCUGGUUCGGCGCGUGCUUGACGUGGGGGCUCAUCAUCGAUUGGGCUGGAUGCGUGGUCAUCACCACGAUCUUGCCGGACGGCCAGGCCCAGAGGAGGUGUUGCCAGUGGAGCCAUUACGUGUUUCGAUGCUUCAUGCUCAGCUCCUGCCCCUGGAUCCGCGUGUCUCGGCCGCCAGUGGAGGAAGUGACAAGGCUGCUCAACCGCGAAAGGGUUUGCGUGUUGAUGAACCACACAAGCUUCGGUGACAGUGUCAUGUUCGUCGCCACUACUCCCUCCAACAUCAUCUGGCGCUACCGGACCCUGAUGAAGAGCACCCUGUUUGAUUGGCCCUUUCUGGGUGGUGUUUGUAGAAUGGUGGGACACUUUCCCGUUCUCUUCCGAAGCAAGGACGAGAAUUCGUUCGCCGUGGACAAGCCGGAGCAAGCCAAGAUAAUGGAGAAGGUGAAAGCACACGUCGAGUCAGACGGAUGCCUGUGCCUGUUCCCCGAGGGAAAAAUCAACCGCAACCCUGCAGUCCUCUGCCCAUUCCGAAGGGGCACGUUCGGGGUGGCGGAAGAGAUGAACAUGGCCGUGGUGAGCCUCACGACGGUCGGGUGCGACGAGUCUUGGCCCAGAGAGUCCCCGGUCGGGGGCCUGCCGGCCAGGAUAGUGAUAAGGCUGACCGAGAUCGCCGAGGCGGGCCAUGGGCUGACGGCGGCGGCGCUGCAGGAGAAGGCCGAGGCGUCCAUGCAGGCGGACGUUACGUCUUUGCUUCAGGCAAGGGACGCUUGAUGCUGCGGGUUGUUGGGAGGUUUUUGGUGCAGGAGAAGGACGCUUCCUUGCUGAGGCGUCAUUGGGACCUUUCUGCUACAGACGCUUUAUGAUUCCCUUGCUGAGGGGUUAUUGGGACGUCCAAGAUUCAGGGAGGGGCGGGAUAGUUGGGAGAGAUUUGUCUGCGUUUGCCGCUGCAGUACAUACAUGCAGUUUACUGCCUCGCUCCUUCUGUGUUAGAGCUGCAUGCGGUGCGAGUCAUGUUUGGGAUUUGGUUUGUAUCAUGUGGGAAUAUUAGACUUUAUGAAGUUGUUCGGGGAGCUAAGGGCUGCUCAUGGGACAGUGUAGAAUCAGGAUCCAGACGUAAGUAGCCUAGGAUUUUUCGUGAAACCUCAGGUGCGUGCUCGCGAGAACCUCCACACCAUACCGUUGUGCUCUGCGUGGACUCAUCGCAACAGCUCUUUCGAGUGAUGCGCCUGAGUUUGGACGGAAUCGUUGUGUGUGAUUUCCGUGUUUGUCGUGACCUCGUUUGCCUAAGACAAUAGUUUGGUUAUCAACGUGCGUUUACGGGUCACCAUGAUUUGUUCACCUUGUAGGUUUAUUCCUUUGGGAGUGAAACGGGAUAGCUCCGGCAACGUGUGCUUUGAUCGAGUGCGGCCGGCGCCCCAGAGCGUGCACCUCUGCGUGCCCCCUUCGUGCCCCCCUGUGCACAUCUAACCCCACUUUGCAUGUGCCCUUCAGACACGCUCUUGCUGUUGGCGGGACUUUGGUUGAGCCACCACUUAUACCUGUUCAGGGCCUUUGAAUAGCGGUUUUACGAACGAGGCGUUCUCCUCGUACAACAGCACACGGGCUGGUUGUGUUUUCUCAGAAAC